AUGUCGGCAUCGACGUCCCAGGCGCCGCCGUCCCAGCAGCAGCUACAGCUCGCGCCGGCGCCCCCGCACUACCGGCACCCACACCACCGGGCCACCGCCGGCCAUCAGCAGGCGCACUUCCCCGAAGACUUCGGCGUCGCGGCGGCCGAGUUCCCGGCCUACGAGGAACUGGCCGGGUUCCCGUGCGUCUCCUCGUCCGGCAGCGGAGGCACGUCUUCGGCGGCGGCGUCUGCCGGCGCGGCUGGAGGAUCGACGCCGCACCCGAUGCGCCUCGAAGACGCGGCGGGAGACAGGGACUCACCCGGAUCGCCGUCCUCGGCCGAGCUCCAGAGGCCCGCGUGCGAGUUCGCCACCAGAGCCGGACCGCUACCACCGCAGACACUGCCCUAUCCGACCUGCCUGGCUGGCGGAGGCGCUGGGCCGGCCUCGGCGGACGGCUUCUGCUACGAGUACGGCGCUAGCGGCGGCGGCGGUCCCAUCGGUGGCGGCGGCGGCCCGCUGCCGUGCUCGGCGGGCGUACCGGGCUUCGCGGGUCCGUACAAGGUGCAGCGCCGGGCGGCCAACAUCCGGGAGCGGAAGCGCAUGAUGAGCAUCAACACGGCGUUCGAGGAGCUGCGCUGCCACGUGCCCACGUUCCCGUUCGAGAAGCGCCUGUCCAAGAUCGACACGCUGCGGCUGGCCAUCGCGUACAUCGCGCUGCUGCGCGAGGUGCUCGUCUCCCAGUACGACCCCCUGACGCACAUCGAGAAGUGCCUCCGGGGUGAGCUCAAGGGCGAGCACGCCGCCGAGUGGAACACCUCAGAUCUGACAGCGCGCCUGUCCUGGAUCAACUGGGAGAACCUGGGCGUCAACCCGAACCGGAGGAGCGUUCUUACCACGCUCACCCUGACCGCAGACACCAUCGGCUGCCACAAUGGAACCCAGUGAUGAUCGUGCCAUCUUGCGGUUUAGCCGCCGUGUGUCCGCGCCUCGCUGACUGCUGCCCCCUCCUCCCGCCUCUCUCUCCUCUCUUGGACCGCCGUCCCGACACUCCUCCGCACCUAAUAUCGUGUUCCGCGACUGUGGACCCGUACUCCGCUGCUCUUUCACAGCGAUCCGAGGACUCCAGUAGUGGCCGCCGCCCCAGUUCAGGACUGUGUCCUCUUGCGGUGACCGUUGAGUGCGCACAUUGAAAGAGUAGCGGUUUCUUUCGUGCUCGAUAGGCGAGGUAAGCAUCAUUUCUCGGAGCAUCAACUUUUGCCACUUUCGAGGAUAAAGGCAUGAGACAUUUGUAGAGCAUGCUUCAGGAUAGAUGACGGUCAAGAAGAGGGAACGCUGUGGUUGCGGAGUUGGGACUACGCCAGUUUGGAUAAGCAAGGGUCUUGUCCCGAAAGUGCGAAGGUCAGAGUCAUCCGUUUGUUGCCAGUUGUAAGGAGACUGCCAGUAUCAAGAAACUACGAAUCAUUCCGGUCUGAAUUAUGAGUUUCUAAAGGCGCGUUCGGUUAGACCGAUUAGUUCACCCAAACAGUCGAUGUAGACUCCCCGUCGGAAGUGAUGUUGCGAUGAGUUCAGAUGGAGAAAUAUGUUCUUUAUUUCUAACUUCACUGCCUAUACCUUCAGUGAACGCGUGAGGAGUCUCUAUCGCUAAUCGGCGUCUUUUGAACGUGCAAAACUGCGAAACCGAGGUUUUUGCGAGUCUAGAAUUGUUGUUCUUUUGUUUUCCGCGCAUUAUUCUAGCUGAGACUUAGAAGUGUGCAGUUCACAAAUUCCUUAUUCUAGUCAUAAUUGUUCCGUAUUUAGUAUGCCGUAAGAAUAGGCAAAUUUCUAGUCAUUAACGCCUUUUAACGUUGAGACACAGUCACACCGGCUGCUUCGUUACGCAAAUUUGUAUGUAUUUCCUUUCGGCCUCGCAAGUUCAAAAACAAACGCAUGACUGUGGGAGUCAAAAGAGAUCAUUUUUCGCUUAUGUUUGUAUUAUAGUGGGAACACACUUUUCUGCAUUCGUCAACGGAAAUGAACAUGAAACCACUGUAAAUAAUGUUUCUCGUGUGAUCCUAUUCUUUAGGAGUGUAUACGUGAUUUUCCGCGGAGAUAGGUACUGAAGCGUUCGACUAAGUUUUGCUAAAUGGGCAGUUCAUAUAGAACCUCUGAAACAGUGCAAUAUCAUGGAAACUGUGAGAGAAUAAACUACAUCUGCCUGA